AGGCAAAGCAAAAUGAAGUUUAUCCUCAGAGCCGCAGUUUUCCAUUUCCUCGUCCUCUAUGCAGUGCACAUUUUAGCCAUUAAUAUCCAGUCUAAACCUGCAUUCAACGAUGAGGGUGUUAUACAGGUAAAGCUCAACGAACCCGUAUCGCUGGUUUGUACGUUUGGUGUUACUCAGGCUGAUGAAGAGCUGGUCUGGCUCAGGAAUGAUGCAGCGGUUCUUCUGAAGGAAGGGAACAACAAGAAUCGCAGCAGUCUGUGUGUCACACCGACCUAUGAAGAUAAUGGUGCCAAGUUCACUUGCCACCAAAAAGGCAAUUCCACAGAUCAAGUCUCUGUCACCCUGAAUGUCACAUUUGCCCCAAAUAUCUCUGAAACAGUGGAAGUUACAGUUGAAGAGGAGGAUGACCUUGUCUUGGAGUGUGACACAAGGGCCAAUCCACUUGUCUCCUCUGUGACAUGGUCACUAAAUGGAAGCCUGGUGGAUCUACUAGCAGAUGGCCUCUCUGUGAUCAAUAAUGGCUUAACAUGUCAGCUGACAGCCAGCAAAGUGAAGAAAAGCUUGCAUGGAGGCAUGUACACGUGCACAGUGGACUCUCCUAUGUAUGGAAUUAGCAGCAGGCAUUUCCAAGUCACAAUAACAGACAAAACCCUGAAGUUCCCACUGGGGCCCAUGAUAGCUGGGCUGGUGGUUGUGGGCCUCACUGCUCUUCUUGCUGUUGUUUCAAGGUGGAGGAAAAUCGUAAAGUGCUGCAAGUAA